UAGAAUGACAGCUGAUAUUGUGGCAGAUAUUUAGCACGAAAAUUUAAUAUUGCAGUGCUUCUGCGUAACAAAACCAAGUUGGAGAGAAUUAUUGAAAUGUCCACUAACAUGGCGUCAAUGUUAAAUGAAGAGGAGGAAAGUCUUCGUGAAUGUGAAUCUUAUAUUGCAUCGCAUAGUAUUCAAAGAAUAUUGAAAGAUUCAAUUGUUGCUUUAUGUGUAAGUCGUCCUGAAAACCCAAUUGCAUUUUUGAGACAGCAUUAUCAAAAGCUAGAAAAAGAGCAAGUCAAAUCUGACUCAACUAAACAAAUAACUAGCCCAGAUGAUUAUGACGAUUUAAGUCCAAUGCCUCAACAAACUGCACCAUCCGUUCGUCGGAGAGGUGGAAUAUCAGCAGAGCCAGUAACAGAAGAAGAUGCGACUAGCUAUGUCAAAAAAGUUGUUCCAAAAGAUUAUAAAACAAUGGCUGCAUUGCAAAAGGCAAUAGCAAAAAAUGUUUUAUUUUCUCAUUUAGAUGAAAGUGAACAUUCAGAUAUAUUCGACGCAAUGUUUCCAGUGAACUGUUUAAGUGGGGAAUUCAUUAUUCGUCAAGGUGAUGAAGGGGAUAAUUUUUAUGUAAUAGAUCAAGGUGAAGUAGAAGUCUUCGUUAAUUCAGAAUUAGUAACAACUAUUGGUGAAGCUGGUAGCUUUGGUGAAUUAGCUCUUAUUUAUGGGACACCAAGAGCAGCAACAGUAAAAGCUAAAACAGAUGUCAAAUUAUGGGGAAUAGAUCGUGAUUCAUAUCGACGUAUUCUUAUGGGAUCAACAAUUAGAAAACGCAAACUUUAUGAAGAAUUUCUAUCACGAGUUUCAAUAUUGGAAAGUCUCGACAGGUGGGAAAGGUUAACUGUAGCGGAUGCUUUGGAGCCUUGCAGUUUUGAGGAUGGAGAAACAAUUGUGAAACAGGGUGAACCAGGUGACGAUUUUUAUAUUAUUGUUGAAGGAUGUGCUGUUGUCUUACAAAGGAUAGGGGACCAUGAAAAUGAACCAGCAGACGAAGUUGGACGUCUUGGUCCCGGUGAUUAUUUUGGUGAAAUAGCACUAUUGUUAUAUAGACCGAGAGCAGCAACAGUUGUUGCAAGGGGAUCACUAAAAUGUGUCAAAUUGGACCGAUCAAGAUUCGAACGUGUUCUUGGUCCAUGUGCAGAUAUUUUAAAGCGCAACAUUACACAGUACAACAGUUUCGUAUCUUUAUCCGUUUAGAAGUAAUUAAAAAAUUGUAUUUUUUAUUACAUUGUUUUAUUUCAUUUAUUUAUUUAGUUCUUAAAAAUUAUUCUAAUAUAUAAAUAUUUGUGUAUAAAAUAUAGUAUACAAAAUGAAAGUGAAUAUACAUAUAUGUUUAAUCCCAAAAUGUA